UCUAAGGGGCGUGACCAACACAGAGGUUAUAAAAGGGAGGCGGACACCGCCCCUCCCCUCAGUCAAGAUGGCGGCGCUGAGGGCGGCGGGGGCGGCGCUGCUGCGGCCCCGGGCCGGGCCGGCCCCGGCCGUGCUGGGCUACCACAAGAAGGUGGUGGAUCACUACGAGAACCCGCGCAACGUCGGCUCCCUCGACCGCAAUGCCAAGAACGUGGGCACCGGCCUGGUGGGCGCCCCGGCCUGCGGCGACGUCAUGAAGCUGCAGGUGGAAGUGGACGAGAACGGCAAGAUCGUGGACGCUCGCUUCAAAACGUUCGGCUGCGGCUCAGCCAUCGCCUCCAGCUCGCUGGCCACGGAGUGGGUCAAAGGGAAAACGGUUGAUGAAGCACUGAAAAUCAAGAACACAGAUAUUGCCAAGGAACUCUGCCUUCCCCCUGUCAAACUGCACUGCUCCAUGCUGGCUGAAGAUGCCAUCAAGGCUGCCUUGGCUGAUUACAAACUGAAGCAAGAUCCAAACAGAGAAUCCGACAAAAAAGCCGACAAUGCCUGAACCGCCUGCGCAGCUUCCCCUGCUCAGUCCCUCCUCACUCUGCAGUGCAAUUCCUGAGCUGUUGUAGGACCCUGUGCACUACUCAAGCUGUAAGAUACGCACAAGUUACGCACAACGUGUCCCUGUGGUGUCCAGCCACCCUGUAGUGCUCACGUGGAUGGGGGCUGCUGUCCCCUCGGGAAUGCCGCGGGAAGACUCCGCUCCGGAGACCAAACCCCGCUGUCCGGUACUGGAAGGGCUGCACUUUUCAUUUUUAUUUUGGGAAGAUGUCUAGUUUUGCCUAAUAUCUUAUGGAAUUUAGUGGGAA